GUGACACAAGCGACGGCGUGGGCCAUAUCAGAGUGUGGCUGUCAGCCAGACCACAUAAAGUUUCGCCAGCCCUGAGAGUUGGAAAUUAUUUCGGGUAGUGCAUCCAACCUGACCCAGUGGAUACUGGAGAGAGAGAAUACCUGUAGCUGCCUUGGAUGAUCGCAUCUUGGGCCAACACUUGUUGAUCGGGGAUAUAACACGAGUUUUUCACAAUGUCAGUCAGCGCACUUCUAGGAGCCUUCUCCUACGCCAAGCUCACAUCUUCCUUGGACGACGAUUGGGUGGAUCGCCUUAACCACUUGUACACCGUGGUCCUCCUCGCCGUCUUCGCCCUUUUCAUCAGUGGUGGUCAAUAUGUGGGCAACCCAAUUGAAUGCUGGACACCAGCUCAUUUUACGGGGGCAUUUGUAUCGUAUACAAAGUCCUACUGCUGGGUGAAAAACACUUAUUACAUUCCAAUGGAUGACACCAUCCCAAUUGAGCACCACGAGAGGGAUUCAGAAGAACUGACCUACUACCAGUGGGUGCCCAUUAUCCUGCUCUUCAUGGCUUUCCUCUUCAAGUGCCCCGCCAUUGUCUGGAGAAUGUUCAACGGCUCAUCUGGUCUUAACCUUGAUAAAAUCGUCGGCAUGACCAACAACACCCAGGUCGGCGAUCCCGGCAAGAGAGAAGAAACCAUCAAGUUCAUCGCCAAGUACAUGGACAGGUGGCUCGAAGCCCACCGUCAAUAUUCAUUCAACGUUUUGGUUCGCGUCCGUCAACGCCUGUCCAAAGUUGUGUGCUUCCUGUGUGCUAAGCGUGACGGCACCUUCCUGACUGGGCUGUACAUCUUCGUGAAACUUCUUUAUGUUGUCAACGUCAUCUGCCAGUUCUUCAUCCUCAACGGUUUCAUGGGAGGAUGGUACAACUUAUACGGAUUCGAGGUCAUCAGUGGACUUGCAAAUGACUUGACAUGGAAGGAGUCUCCCCGCUUCCCUAAAGUGACCCUGUGUGAUUUCGACAUUCGCCAACUCCAGAACAUCCAGAGGUACACUGUCCAGUGCGUUCUACCUAUCAACCUCUUCAACGAAAAGAUCUUCAUCUUCCUUUGGUUCUGGUUCGUCGUUGUUGCAAUCCUCACUGUCGGUAACUUCCUGUUCUGGAUCUGGCGUGCUCUCUUCCGCGUCAACCGAGGCCGAUACGUCAAGAAAUACCUCAAGCUUCUGGACGAGCUUCACGGAGAGGAAGACAAGAGAUUUGCCCGCAAGUUUGCCGAUCAGUAUCUGCGUGAUGAUGGCAUCUUUGUCCUGAGGAUCGUUGCCAAGAACUCUAAUGAUAUCCUUCUGUCCGAUCUGAUCAAGGAAUUGUGGAAGACCUACAAGGACAAGCCAAUGAUCAAGAAAUCGAUGGAUGAGUUUAACGAAACACACGCUUAAACUUCCACACCUAACAUUUGACGUCAGUUGAUGCAGACAAUCUACUGUCCAGUGAUACUUUCUGUUUCUGGAACUUGCUUGGCUUUUACCUGACUGUCGGCUCAAAGCCAUUUGGGAAUCAGUGGCAUUUUAUGUUGCUUGAGUCUGAUGACUCUUGUCGUUCUGGCCAUGUAAUGGUGUAGGUUAGAAAAGACACGAAUGGCACGUUUACAAUGGACAUUCCCGGAAGCAUCAGAAUGUGGUAUAUAUUAUUGAAUAUAUGUACCUGAGAAAUCGACAUUCCAUCAGUUUUAUCAUCAUAUUAGCUCCAAUGGUGUAUAACACGUGUUAGUCAUGCUUCUUUUGUUCGAUUUUCGAAAACCUAUCAUCAAGCCAGAGAUAUUUUAAAAUGUAUAUAUUCCGACCAAGAAAAUGUGAUUUUUAUUUACUUUUAGAUUGAUUUAGUUUCAACUCUAUUUUAGCAUAGUUCAUGUUUUUUAGAUUAGAAAUAAAACUAGAAGGCGUGGGUUAGGAACUCAUAUGCAAUUUCAAUGAUCUCUGUAAGAAACGUCAGUACACACAAAUAAUCAAAAUGUUUCUAGUCUGAAAUUUUUCUCAAUUUCAUGCUUUAGAUAUUGCUUCCGAUCAGUCAUUGUUUCAUUAUUUGCAUUGUUUGCUGACAACAACACGAUCACAAAGUCUUCCUUUGGUUUUGUAUAUUUACAUUAUGAAUACAUUUGGUCAGAAGCUUUGUGCUAAGGGAGAUUGCAUGCGCUCUCUUUACGGAGCGUUUACCCUGUUUUUAACAUGGCAUUUCAAGAAGAUAAUAGGCCUUGAUUGGUUGUACAUAUAUAAAUACUACCUGUAAGUACUUAAACCUACUAGACCGACAAAUGUCUUCCAUGCUCAACAACAACCGGCCAAAUGAUGUAUUAUAUUUUUCAUAAUCUGGUAUUCCAAGUGCCUUAAUGUUUGACAACCUGUUUACGAAUUCAACAUCGAGAUAUAUUUUAUACGAUUUUCGAAAUUUGGAAUCUGUACAAAGUAUAUUUUUGAUGGGUAGCAUCGCCUAUGUAUACUACUGUGGGAUGUGUAUAUGCAGUUUUUUUGAAAUAUGUGUAUGCUUAAGGGUGAAUAACUGAAUUUAAUACAGGAAAUACACGAGCUUUCUGUAACAAGUGUACAACUACAGCACAGCACCACACCACUGGGCUUUCCUUACUGCUGUUUGUACAUUCGCAAAGUUUAUUUAUUUUUGAUUAUUUGCCAGUUUGUUUCAAGUUUACAAAAAACCUCCUCAUUAACCGACAAACCAUCAUGUGUAUUGCUAGUCCCUUCACAAGUUGCCGCACCAUAUCAUGUUUAACCUGGCUGUCAAUAAAGUUUAGAUUCAAUUUUAUCAUUGCAUUAUAUCAUUUCAACCUCGAAAUCAGAAAUUUGAUAAUUUUCAGUUUCAUCCUGCUUUAAAAUCAUAUUUUCAAAUCACAUUUUUAUUGGUUCCCACUUUGUUUGUAAAUUUAACAAAAAGGACGCCGUCCUUAUGCUAAGGGUGGUAUAACCGUGGACGAUAUGUUUAUUUACCUUGUGCUAAUGAUGUAUAAACCUUGAGAUCUCCCCUGUCCCAGAUACAUUAACCUAGAAGUUGCAAGGUGUAUAUGUUAACAGUUAUCAUGUCAACAUACAUGUGAACGUAUGUAUCAGUAUGCAUGUGGAGAUUGUGUUCUUUGAAAUAAAUAUUUUAUAUGAAAA